AUGGCCAAGAAACACAACAGAAGGAAAAUCCCGGCAAAGUCUCGUCGACUUAGUAAUACAAACUAUUUGAUGGGCUCAUCGGCAGACACUUCGACAGAUUCUCCCAAUAAUACCCCUAAUUUGAACUCUAGUUACAAUAUAAAACACCAUAACUUCCAUCACUCCUCAAAUCCAAUACAUGUGAGAAGGGGGGAUUCGCUCAAAUACGCCAUCUUGAAUGAUGAUAUCUUGGAAGAAGGGGCGAUGUUAUCCUCAAGUGAAGGUUACGAUGCCUCAAGUAAUAACAGCAGCGCCAACUCCCAAUCGCUCAUGGCCGAAGAUCAGCCACUUGACGAGUUCAUUCAAAAUUCCCUAUCUCAAGGUAACUAUAGCUCUAUCCAUUAUCAAGAUUCGGUAUUCUCUGAGAUAAGUGAUUCGAUUCUCCUACUACAAGAUAGAGAGCAUCAUAAUUCCCUUAAAUGGUAUCGCAGGCCUUCCAUCUUUAUGGUUUCUGUCCUUGUCUUCUCAUACUGUUUUUCUCUGGGAAUAGCGAUGUCUUCGGACUUAGAUUUGAUCAUGAAGGCUGUGUGUUACCUCGUCAAUGGCGAGGUCAAUAAUUGUUCUACGCCCUCUGUUCAACAAAUGAAUGCCAAUUUACAAAAAUACAAUAAUUUCAUUGGAUCCUUUAUCAAAAUUCUGGUUUCUGUUAAAAUGGGUAAGUUGAGUGAUAUUUACGGUAGAAAACCAAUGUUCUUAAUCACUUUCACCUUGUCUUGUCUAUCGAAGUUCAUGUGUGUCUUUAUCCUAACUCCUCGUUACUUCACUUUUAAUAGAGUCAUUUUGGCCAAUAUCGUCGACUCAUUUGGUGGCUCCAUUUUUGUUCUCCUAAGUAUUGCUAAUUCUUAUGUUUGCGAUGUUGUCCAUGAAAGAGAAAGAUUACCGGCCUUGAGUAAAGUUACUGGUGCAUUUUUCCUUGGUCUAUCAUUAGGUCCGUUGACCUCUUCUUUCCUGGGCUCGACAUUUAACAUUCCAUCCAUUCAUUUUGUCGGUGCAAGUGCUGCAUUGUUCUUUAUGUCAAUCAUUUUUGUGAUUUGGUGUAUUCCCGAAUCUAGAGGUGAAAAGCUGAGAGAUAAAUCAAGAAGAUUUUCAAUUAGAUCAAGAAGAGAACUAGAAUCAAGUCCUUCUUGGACCUAUAAACUUGGAUUAUCUGGAGUUAUAGAUUCAUUCGAAUCCCUUAAAAUUCUUUGGAUUACUAGGCCUAGACAAUUCAGUACUAACGAAAAUAACAGUGAAUACGAAAUGAAUCCGUCCCAAGACCCAAGUAGUUUACAAAAGCUUGAAAUUGACCUGCCUGCUAGAGUCAAUGGUAUUUUGUUACUAGCUAUUGAUUUAUUUUUUGUCAUUUGCUCUGCAGGUUCCUCACUCCCAAUUGCGUUAUACAUGAUUUACAAAUUUAACCUAAGCCAAUCACAACUUGGUCUAUUCGUAGGUGUGAUAUCCGGAUCUAGAGCAAUCGUUCUAAGUGUACUCAAUCCUUGGGUGCAACACAAUCUAUUGAAUUUUUUCAGCCAUGAUCCAUUCAACGUCGAUUUCAUUGAUAUAACAACUAUUGGAGUCGCCAUUUUGUCUGAAAUCGUGGCCUCCUUAUUAUGUUCAAUCUCUCCAACGUUGUGGAUACUUUGUUUUUAUUUCAUACUAACAUCGCUAUCGGCUGUUGGAUCCCCUGUUAUUCAUUCUGCAUUGUUGAAAUAUAAUCCGAAUCCCAGUAAAAAUGGUGAAUUUUUUGGCGCAUUGGCACUAAUCAAAAAUAUCGUUAAUCUUGUUGCACCUUGGUUCUUCUUGACUGUUUACUCCUUUGGUAUUGGUAUUGCAAAACCCGAAAUUAUUUUCUAUAUUAUUCUGGGCUCAUUUUCAAUAGCUGGAUUAUUGCUUGGUAAUAUAAGAGUCAAAAACUGA